AUGGCUUUCAAAUUUAAGGUCUUCUGUCUGUUUGCGCUGAUCGCUGUUGCCAGUGCAGGUCUUUUGCCGGUAGCUGUGAAACACGUGGAAUAUGCGGAUGCUCCUGCGGAAUAUCACUUCUCGUACUCCGUUCACGAUGAUCACACUGGAGACAUCAAGAGCCAGAGCGAGGAACGUCACGGUGAUGAUGUCAAGGGUCAGUACAGUCUGAUUGAUGCCGAUGGUUACCAGCGCAUUGUUGACUACACCGCCGAUGAGCAUAACGGUUUCAACGCCGUCGUUCGCCGUGAGCCUCUAACCCAAAAGGUUGCCAAAAUUGUGGCUCCCAUCGCACACCAUUACGUUGCUCCCGCCCCAAUUGCCAAGAUCGCUUUACCUGUGGCGAAGGUUGCCGUUCCGGUCGCAAAGGUUGCCUAUCCAGCUAAUCUUGCAACCGUCAGCUUUUCGGCGCCCAGCCUGAGCUAUCACUAUUAG